CAGAGGAUGAGUCCGGUGCAGUGAUGGACAUCUUCACGCUACUGGACAGCAUCGAUGGGAAGUUGGGAUCCAUGCUGAGGUCCACCUUUACCAGCCAAUUUGCCUCCACGACGUCCUACGAGCCUAUCUAUAUACUUGUGGUCUCAAUCCUCACCACUAUUCUGAUCAUCUUUGUCAUCAUAUUCAGGAGAUGGGACAAGAAAGUUAUAGAGAAAAAGGAAUCGGUGGCGUCGUCCACGCGAUUCCGGAAACGGGACAAAGCCCUAUUUUACGGUCGGAAAAUGCUGCGAAAGGUGCGUUCCAUUUCCGGUCAAGUGAGAUCAGGACAAGGACGUAAAAGGAAGAUGGUGAUGAAGUUUGCACGGAGGAUUCUGCAGCUGAAGAAAGAUAAUGAAGCCGAACAAUUAAAGGUGUUGGAACCUCCAGCGGAAUAUCUGCAGGAAGACACUUUGAGCGAUGAGAGGAUGCCUCCGGAUUUGCUGUAUAUGCUGCAAAGUGUUCGAGUUUUCGGGCAUUUCGAGAAACCAAUUUUUCUGCGCCUCUGCAAGCAUACGGAAAUUAUAACUGUUAAAGCUGGCGCUCAUCUAUUCAAUAUUGGUGAUCAAGAUGAAAAUGUGUAUAUUGUGCAAAACGGGAAAGUGAAUGUAUAUAUAACGAACCCGGAUGGUUCGGCUCUGUCGUUGAAAGUUGUGAAAACCGGCGAAUCGGUCACUUCUUUGCUGAGUUUUAUCGAUGUUUUAACUGGACAACUAAAACCUUACAAAACUGUAGCGGCUAGAGCUUUAGAGGACUCCACGAUUGUGAAGCUCCCAAUGAAAGCUUUCAACGACAUCUUCCAGGAUAAUCCAGAGAUUCUGGUGCGGGUGGUCCAGGUGAUAAUGGUCCGUUUACAGCGAGUCACCUUCACCGCUCUUCAUGAAUAUUUGGGAUUAGGAGCGGAACUUUUCAUAUCCGCGCCGAGGGCGAGAAAAUCGCAUGUCUUUGUGUCUCCGAGUAAAAAGAUGAAAUCCAACGAUGAAUUUGAUAUCGGUUCAUCCGCGCAGUCACAACCUAUUCCCGUGCCUGUGAACAAGAAUCAGAAAUCGACGUCGCCUUUGGUGAACACACCGGAUAUGAUACCGGAGUAUAAGAAAGGGGAAUUACGGGCUACACCUCCAAACAAUCCCGAUAUGAUUCCGGAUACUCAGAAGCUGAAUCCGGAAGCGUCUAAGAGAAAUCUAUUUGAAGCAGAAGAAGGCACGGCUCGCAGGAAAAUGUCCAUGAGCGAGAUCACCGAUGAGACUGUACUGCACAACAUAGCUAUGGAAGCGUUCAUCAAGGAGUUGGGUUUAGAAGGAGACACGUCCUCGCUGAUAGACGGCGUCGAGGUCAAGGAAGUCACUACGGGAACAUAUAUUAUGAAAGAGGAUUCGAACAAAGAUGUUGCUUUGGUUUAUGUCCUGUCUGGAAGCAUGAUUGUUUCGCAGAGUAUAGCUGAAAACGAUGCUAACGAGGUGAGCAUGUACACAGCGCAUAGCGGAGAAUUUGUUGGUGGAUUGGCCGUGCUCACCGGAGAACCGAGUUAUUUUACCGUUAGAGCUAAACAUAAUGCUCGAAUUGGUUUGAUAUCGAAACCAACAUUUUACAACUUGGUUAAGGAGAAUCCAAAGAUCAUCUUGCACGUGGCGAACUUGGUCAUAUCGCGCUUAUCGCCGUUCGUGAGGCAAGUGGAUUUCGCGCUGGACUGGGUGUUUCACGAAGCAGGUAGAGCCGUUUACAGACAAGAUGAUGAUAGUGAUACUACGUUCGUGGUGUUGUCGGGUCGCAUGCGGUCUGUGAUCACGCACAACGGUGGUAAAAAGGAAUUGGUCGCCGAGUACGGUAAAGGGGAUCUAAUUGGAAUCGUCGAGAUGGUCACGCACACGAAGAGGAGCACCACCGUUAUAGCAGUCCGGGAUUCCGAGUUGGCCAAGUUACCGGAAGGCUUAUUCAACGCCAUAAAGAUGCGGUAUCCGAUCGUGGUCACCAGACUAAUAAAUCUGCUGGGUUUGAGGAUUUUGGGCACCUGGCAGAAUCCGAACAUCAAGAACCUCAGCGCCAAGAGGAUCACGAACAACGCGACGGUAGAGAGCAGACCUACGCAAUUGAACUUCUCCACGGUGGCCAUAGUUCCUGCAUCAGAUGAUAUUCCCAUGACAGCAUUCACAUACGAACUGUUUCACUGUUUGAACGCCCUGGGAGCAACGUCGAGGCUGACCUCGGACGUGGUGAAGAAAGCGUUGGGUUCUUCCAUCAUGGAUCCGAACAAUGAAUACAGGUUAACCUCGUGGUUGGCGCAGCAGGAAGAUCAGCACAAAAUAUGCCUGUACCAGUGUGACAAUUCGUUCAGUGUGUGGACGCAGAGGUGCAUUCGCCAAGCGGAUUGUAUCUUGAUAGUGGGACUCGGCGAUAAGGAACCAAUCGUUGGUAGGAUGGAGCGAGAGAUCGAGAGGGUGGCUCUACGUACUCAAAAAGAAUUAGUGUUGUUGCAUAGAGAGGAGGGUGGAAAGCCGCAGAACACGGUGGCAUGGUUGAACAUGCGCUCGUGGGUAUCUUCGCAUCAUCACAUUCUUUGUCCCAAGAGGAUGUUCUCCAGGAAAUCUUUGUAUAGAAUUAACGAACUUUAUUCGAAAGUCUGUCUAUCGGAACCCAACAUCCAUUCAGAUUACUCACGACUGGCUCGCUGGUUGACCGGUAAAUCGGUGGGUCUGGUCUUGGGUGGUGGCGGGGCCAGAGGAUCCGCUCACAUUGGAAUGAUAAAAUCUAUAAUAGAAGCUGGGAUUCCCAUCGACAUGGUGGGAGGGGUCAGCAUAGGCGCCUUCAUGGGCGCGCUCUGGUGCAAGGAACGCAACAUAACAACCGUUACGCAAAUGGCCCGAGAAUGGUCUAAGAAAAUGACCCAAUGGUGGCGUCAGCUCUUGGACCUGACUUACCCGAUGACCUCCAUGUUCAGUGGAAGAGACUUCAACCAGACGAUACGUGGAACGUUCGGAGAAACGUACAUUGAGGAUCUGUGGUUGCCCUAUUUCACAGUCACCACCGAUAUCUCUGCCUCCUGCAUGAGGGUACAUCAUCAUGGAUCUCUGUGGCGGUACGUGAGAUCUUCAAUGUCAUUAUCUGGAUACAUGCCACCGUUGUGUGAUCCAGUGGAUGGACAUCUUCUGCUCGAUGGCGGAUAUGUUAACAAUCUACCAGCCGACGUGAUGCGCAGCCAAGGCGCUAGUCACAUCAUAGCAAUAGACGUGGGUUCCGUCGAUGACCAGGACCUCACCAACUACGGAGACGACCUCUCCGGUUGGUGGUUGCUAUGGAAACGAUGGUAUCCGUUCACGCAGCCGGUGAAGGUUCCCAAUCUACCGGACAUACAAUCGCGGUUGGCGUACGUUAGUUGCGUUAGGCAGCUGGAGGAAGUGAAGACGAGCGACUACUGCGAGUACAUCCGUCCACCUAUCGACAAGUACAAGACUUUGCAGUUCGGCAGCUUCGACGAGAUCAAGGAGGUUGGGUACCUGCACGGAAAGGCGUACUUCGAUGCCAAGCAGAAGGCCGGCCAGUUACCGUUGUUCGCGAGUACGGAACCCAGGAAGUCGCACCUGUUUCCGCAGCGCCACGUGCUUUCCGGCUACACGUUCACCGAUCUGGCGCAGAUGGUUUGCAAAAUCCGAAGGCCUUACGAGGACGAAUCCUCGAACUCUGACUCGGACGACUACGAUGAAAACGAUGAGAAUCGCGGAUACGUUUCGGAACCCUCGGUCGGAAUCAAUGACAAUACGAAUAAGGAAUAUGACAGACCCUACGGUUCAUUAUCGCUGUCCGAGAACGAGAUGUGAGGAUGUGGGUGCAUUUAAUUAAUUAUUUUUUUUUAUAUACGAUUCAACGAGUAUAAAACCUAAAAGUCCAGUUCGAUCCACAAUAACCGGCGGUGAUAUUAUACUAAU